UAUUUAGUCUGUGCUCUGUAAGUGUCAGUCAGAAAAUCAAAAUACGCGUGGAGACUGCAAAAUAAAAUAUUUUUUAAAAAUUUUAGGAAUACCUAGACUUAUACUUAACUAUGAAUCUCCUUCCCAAAUCCCACAAAGAAUUUAGUGAAAAAGACUACUGGAAUAAGUUUUUCAAAAAACGUGGAAAUAAGGCUUUUGAAUGGUAUGGUGAGUAUCUAGAACUGUGCACCCACUUACAUAAAUAUAUCAAAAAGUCCGACACAAUUCUCAUACCUGGAUGCGGUAAUUCGAGCCUCAGCGCAGACCUUCACGACAUAGGAUACCCACACAUAACCAAUAUAGAUGUAUCAGAAAUUGUUAUCAAACAGAUGAAAGCAGUAAACUCGCAUAGAACAAGUAUGAAAUUUCUUUACAUGGAUGCCUUAAAUAUGACAUUUGAAAAUGAUGAAUUUAAUGUUGUACUCGAUAAAGGUACAUUAGAUGCUCUUAUGCCAGAUGAUAGUGAAGAAACAAAUGAAAGAAUUAAUAAAUAUUUUAAUGAAAUAAAAAGGGUACUUAAAAUAAGUGGGCGUUUUGUAUGUAUAACCUUACUCCAGAGUCAUAUAUUGAGCAAGUUAGUGGAGUUCUUCUGUGAUAGGACAUGGAUGUUCAGGGUUGUCAGAUGUCAUGAGGCAGAGGAGAAGAAUGCUGAGAAUGGAGCGGGGAUGACUUUGCCAGUGUUUGUUGUUGUUGCUACAAAGUUUAAAGAGAUGCCUAAAUUAAUUAUAGAAGUGUGUAUGGCAGGUGAUAAGAUGCAGAGGUUGGAAACAGUUGAUGAGCUGAAGUCAUGUGUGAAGUCGGCGCAAGACGCUGCUUUCAUCACCAAUGGCCUUGCUAAAACAUCACUAGAUGGUGAUGAUGAAGUGUCACUGGAUCUGAUGCUGCCCGGAGAGGAGAUCCCUCGCUACACCCUGUACAUAGUUGAUCAGAAGAAGUCGCAGGCUAUCAACAAGUAUGCUGUCUUCAUUGUACCACAGGGGAGAGAAUCCGAGUGGUUGUUCGGCACUCCAGCGGGCAGGCGCCAGCUGCAGGACUCGGCGCGCUUCGGGCGGCUGGUGGUGGCCGUGCUGCGGCGCGGGCACCUGUUCCACAGCCUCGACGCCGUCAAGGACGAGCUCACCAGCUCCGCCAAGAUGUUAGCGCCCAAUGGAUUCACUGGACAGAUCCCGUUCCUGUCGCUGGGCAGCGACGUGGGGCGGCGCGUGAAGGUGCACCAGGGCUCCUCCAAGGUGUCGGGCGAGUUCGUGGUGGAGGAUGUGGACGUGGAGGGCGCGCCCUUCCGCCGCCUCGUGUUCCUGGACAACCAGUUCCUGGUGCAGUCCGAGGCGAGGCUGAAGACAGUGAAAAGGAAGAACAAGUCCAAGCAGGUGGUGGACUUCGGCCACGUGACGGUGUACCACGCGUUCAUGUGCGUGGGCGUGCAGCUGUCGCGCCGGCGCCGCGUCGCCGUGCUGGGGCUGGGCGGCGGCAGCCUCUGCAUGUUCCUCAAGAGGUGCUUCGCUGAGCUCACGGUGACGGCAGUAGAGCUGGACCCCGCGAUGCUGGAGGUGGCGCGGAACUACUUCGAGUGCGAGGUAGACGAUCGUCUGCAGGUCCAGAUCAAGGACGGACUCGACUUCCUCAACGAAGAAGCCGAUGCGGGUGCGGAGUACAGCGCGGUGCUGUUCGACAUGGACAGCAAGGACAGCUCGCUGGGGCUGUCGUGUCCGCCGCGACACUUCCUGGGCGACGACGUGCUGGCGCGGGUCCAGGCGCUGCUGGGGGACGACGGCCACUUCAUCCUCAACCUGGUCUGUCGAGACACGUCGCUCUACGACACCAUACUGUCGACACUGAAGCAACACUUCCGACACCUGCUCGUCGUCAAACUGUACGAGGAGGUCAACGAGAUAGUGUUCGCGACCAACACGCGGCCCUACUCUACAGACACCCUGGAGCAGGCCGCGAGAGACCUCAACAACACGGCUAGAGAGACUCACUUAGUGAAGAUAAAGUGUGUAGAUUUGAAAGACUUUAUGCAAUCUGUUACUAUUAUUUCAUAGCGGUAAUACUUUUUUUUAUUAUGUUGGUUAAUUGAAAAAUGAAUGAAAUUCAAAUUGGAUUUAUUUUAAGUUUACAUUACACCCACUUUACAAAUUGGUCAACGUUUCCUAAUAUGUAGUGUUUAGAAACAACAAUGAUAUUCGUCACAAUGUUGGCCAAAGCAAGAGCAAGAGCGGCCACAGCCAAUGACCUUAACCCUCAGACCAAUUAUAGAAGGACCUGUAUCGCACUCAUAGUCACGAACAAAAUUGUCUGUCAUUUUCUGAAGAAAACGAGAUUAGAUUUGGUAUAUAUCUUUUACUAAACUAGAAGUUUUUGCCCGUUUUUUACACACUUUAAUUACACAAAAAGGUAUUUUUACGGAGCUCUUUAACCGAUGAACACGAUUACAACUAUUUAACAUCGAUACUAUAGAGACAGUUUUUAUAAUCGCAUUAGAUCGUUGAUCAUAUACUUUGACAGAAAAGUAACGUAUUGCGAGGCAGGUCCUAUACAAUAAUUGGUCUGAGCCUUAACCAUUCGCCUUAACUUGGUUAAGGGUAUGGAGUAAGCAAUGGCCAACAUAUUGGCCAAGGUACGUAGUACCUCCUUCAAGACAAGACAACGGUAGUUCAAAAAACAUUUUCCUGAAGCGCGAUCAAUUUUAUAUCCCACUAUAACUAUAGUAAGCGCGUUAUCACCUGAGUCGUCAAUACAUUAUUAUUAAAUUCACUAUCUAUAUAUUGAGGCGUGACGCUACUCUACGGACACCCUGGAGCAGGCCGCUAGAGCUCUGAACAACACGGCGAGAGAGACUCACUUAGAGAAGAUAAAGUGUGUAGAUUUGUUUGUUUUAUUUCAUAGCGGUGAUACUAUUUUUAUUAUGUUGGUUAAUUGAAAAAAUAAUGAAAUUCAAAUUGGAAUUAUUUUAUGUUUACAUUUUACCCGCUUUACAAGUUUUUUACAAGUUGGUCAAUGUUUCCUAAUAUGUAGUGAGGAUGUUUGGACACAACAAUGAUAUUCGUCACAAUGUUGGCCAUAACAAUUCGCCUCAAUUUUGGUUAACCUGAACAAUGGCCAAUAUGUUGACCAAUGUGAAGAAUGGAAUUAUCUGGUUGCACAGUAGUGCCCCUCCAAGACAAGACAACGGUAUUGCAAAACACUACUAGUACUUUUUCCUGAAGCGUGAACAAUUUAAUCUCCCACUAUAUUAAGCGCGUUAUCAUGUGAGUCGUCAGUCCAUUAAUAAUUUUCGUAUCUAUCAAUUGACACGCGACACUGCUCCACGGACACUGGCGCAGGCCGCGAGAGACCUCAACAACACGGCGAGAGAGACUCACUUAGUGAAGAUAAAGUGUGUAGACUUGAAAGACUUUAUGCAAUCUGUUACUAAUAUUUCAUAGUAUAGACUUUGCCUUGUGAUAAUAUUUUUAUUAUGUAAGUUAAUUGAAAAUGAAUGAAAUUCAAGUUGGAUUUAUUUUAAGUCUACAAUAUGCCCGUUGAAACAAUGUUUCAUAAUAUGUAGUGCAGAUAUUUGCCAUAGAUAUUGGCCAUAACCAUUCGCCUCAAUUUUGGUCAACCUAAACAGCGGGUAAUGGCCAACAUAUUGGCCAAUGUAUGUACCAACGUGAAAGGGGGAAUUAUUUGGUUGCACAGCAGUGCCCCUCCAAGACGAGACAACGGUAAUGUUAAUUUAAAAAUGAUUGAAAUUCAAAUUAGAUUUAUUUUCAUCAUCAUUAAUAACUCGUAUUCGGCUCACUGCUGAGCACGAGUUUCCUCUCAGAAUGAGAAGGAUUAGGCCUUAGUCCACCACGCUUGCCUAAAGCAGACUGCACACAUAGAGAAUUAAGAAAAUUCUCAGGUAUGCAGAUGAUGAUGUUUUUCCUUCACCGUUUGAAACAAAUGAUUUUUAAUUUCUUAAAAUGCUUAUAACAGAAAAAUUGGAGGUGCCCAGGACCAAAUCUGCAUCCUCCAAACCGAAGACAGACUGCCCAGUGGCAGUCUGUCUUUACAACACUUUGACCCGUACGAUUUGAUUUGAUUUAUAUGUGGUGCGGGUGUUAGCAACAAAAAUAUUCGUCACACUAUUUGCCAAAGCGAAGAGCGCGCUUUACGUGAUAGCCAUAGGUAUUGGCCGUAAUCAUUCGCCAAUCAUCAACUGAGCCGUCGAUUCAUCAAUAGUUUUCCCAUUGAAUCUGACUUCAAAAAACAUACUUUCACAGAGUUCUUUUACAAGUUAAUGCCAAGGAUUACAUAGGGUAUAUGAGAUAGCUCUUGUAACAGAUUUCGCUUAUUGUACUAUAUAAUAUUUGCUACAGUUUAUAGCUUUACUGCUUGUGAUGUUUUUAAGGCAGAAAUGUGAAAGCUAAGGUACUUCUUUAGAUUUAGAUGAGCUCUUUUAUGAAGAGACUACUCGUAAAACUUGUAUGGUUGGUUUAAUAAAAUGUUUUAUAAACAUUGUUACUUACCCGAUACUUUAAUGAUUGUUACGUGUAAGAAAUAUAUAAAAGUGUAUAAAUAUUGUAUAAUUUAUUAGAAAAGAGAUGUAAGGGCCACCGCAAAUUACAUACUUGAUUGACUGACUGGCUGUUUGUAUGGCAAUUCGGCCAAUACAAACAUUUAUAACCUAUAGCAGUUUUAAUUUUAGUAAAAGAACUUGGAGUACAUAUAUCAGUUAAUCUUUAAAAAAAAAAGUACAUAUAUAAAAAAUAAUAAAGAAAGAAAAAAUUUAGUUGUUAUUCGUGUGUGCAAAAUUUAUUGUAAAAUGAAUGGAAUUCAUUGUUAAUUGUUAUAUUAUAGAUAGUUGGAAGAUUUUCUAUUGGUUUUCGUAAUCUCUACUUUCAAGGUUCAUUUUUCUUAUUUAUUCAAUUUUAUAUCAACCAACCGGCCGGCCCGCUAGUGAAUAAAUGUAAUUUGCGAUGGAAAUUAAGUAUUGUAAUAGGAUUAUUAAAAUAAAACAACACCAGAAAUAAAGUUAUGCAUUUAA